GGUUCCUCACGUUAAAUUGAAGUCCUUUGAGAUCUGAAGACCACGCCAAACCGCCAUUGAUUCAUUCACAUGCUCCACGAUAAUUCGUACCACAUAACUCUUUGCUUUCUUUCCUUCUUUUCAUAUUUCCCCAUCACUACUUGGAUUGGAUCUUCCUUGUUCUUCUUCAGUCAAAAUCGUUGGCGAGUUCGUAAUUUACAGAAAUGGGAGAAAAGCUUGGAUUUGAGGAAGAAGAUAAGGCGAUAUUAGAGAGUGUUUUAGGCCGUGAAGCUUUUGAUUUCUUCAUUUGGUCAGCUUCGAAUAAGAUUCCUGAUGAAUUUAGAUCAAAGACAGCUGAUUUAGGGGUUCAAGAGGGUCUUCGUAAGAUUCUUGAUAAAUCUGAUUGGAAUUACGCCAUUUUCUGGCAAGUUUCGAAUUCGAAAUCAGGAAAAUCCGCUUUGAUUUGGGGCGAUGGUUAUUGUGGAGAAUCGAAAGAAGGCGAAAUCGGGCAUAAGAAACGGGAUGAAUUCAGUAGAAAAAAGAGGGUUCUUCAGAAACUUCAUUUGUGUUUUAAGGGAUCGGAGGAAAAUCUUGCAGCCAAAAUGGAUUCAGUGUCGGAUUUAGAGAUGUAUUAUCUAACCUCGAUGUAUUAUCUGUUUCCAUUCGAUAAACCUUCGAGCCCGUCUCAAUCGUUUAACACGAGUAGAUCGGUUUGGGUUUCCGAUAGCAGAAGCUGUGAAGAACAUUAUCAAUCGAGAGCCUUUUUAGCGAAAUUGGCUCGAUUUCAGACGCUGGUUUUGGUUCCGGUUAAAAGGGGAGUUUUGGAGCUUGGUUCUUUUAAAUCGAUCCUGGAAGAACAGAGUUUAGUUGCAAUGGUGAAAACUUUGUUUAAUGGAUGUCAUCCGAAAGUAUUACCGAAGAUUUUUGGCCAUGAACUGAGUCUGGGCAGCGGAGGUGCGAAAUCUGGUCCGAUUAGUAUCAACUUUUCGCCAAAAGUCGAAGAAGAUUUGGAUUUCGGGGCUGAAUCCUACGAACCAAAUCAUGUUUUUGGUGGGAAUUCUUCAAACGGGCAUAGACUCGAUGAUAAUAACGAAGGGAAAUUGUUUCCUCAAAUGAAUCAUGUGAUCGGUGGAGUUUUGAAUUCACAAUCAAUUGUAUCGGCUCUCGAUCAAUCGAAUCAAGAUUCGUCGAUGAUGGAUCGAAAGCCGAGAAAAAGGGGCCGAAAGCCCGCCAACGGACGAGAAGAACCAUUGAACCACGUAGAAGCCGAACGACAACGGCGCGAGAAGUUGAACCAGCGGUUCUAUGCCUUACGAGCUGUGGUCCCUAACAUCUCGAAAAUGGACAAAGCGUCACUUCUCGGCGACGCAAUUUCAUACAUAACCGAUCUCCAAUCAAAAAUCCGAAUCUUGGAAGCCGAAAAAGACGUCGUGAGUAUUCCCGAGGUCGAUUUUAUGGCCCGAAAAGACGAUGCAGUUGUACGAGUUAGCUGCGCGUUGGACGAUCAUCCCGUUUCACGGGUUAUAAAAACGUUUCGGGAACACCAGAUGGUGAUGCAGGACACGAACGUUUCAACGACAGAAGAUGGGAAAGUUAUACAUACGUUUUCUUUUCAGGCUCGUGGUGGUGCCGCUGCGGAGGAGCUGAAGGAGAAGCUGGAUGCCGCCUUCUCCGAUUGAAUUCCGGCCAGCGGUGAAACUUGUAUGUAAGAUGAAAUAUGGGUUUGGGUUAGAUGUUGAUGGGUAUCUGCUUUUUGUUGUUUCUAAAUAAGCUAUAAGGCUGUUAGAUUUGACUGAUUGCUAUAUAGAGAUCCAUUAUAUCAUGUUUUGUAGAAAUUGCUGGAUUCUAAAGAAGGGCAGUUCUGGUA